AUGAGAAAUUUUAUUACACUUGAAGAAAAAGGAAGUGUUCGUGAAUUUAUUGCCAAUGAUUUAAACAAUGCUGGUUUACGCAUUGAUACAAAUAAAUAUCGUAAUAUUAUUAUUAAUCAACUAUCACCUCAUAUAACAAAUAAUCUUAAACAACAACAACAAGGUUCACGUGUAUUUAAUGUACCACUUCAUCAAAUGGAUACAAUAUCAGUAAAAAUAGAUAAUUUUGAUUUAACAGUACCGAUAUUUUUACGUUGGUGUUUUGAUUGUAUACGUCGUUCAAUAAAACAUGAAGGUCUUUUUCGAAAAUCCGGUGGAUCUCAACGUGUUAAAGAACUUAUGGCUCGAAUUGAAGAUGGUCCAUUAACACCUAGUUUAUCACCAUCGAAUACAGUAUUUGAUGUUUGUUCAUUAUUUAAAGAAUUUCUCCGUCGUCUUACAUAUCCAUUAAUAACAUAUCCAUUACAAGAUCUUUUACUUGAUUGUUUUUCUAUGCGUUCAUUAACAUUAGAUAAAAAAAUUGAUAUGUAUCUUAAUAUUCUUCUACUUUUACCCGAUGAACAUUUACAUACACUUAUAUAUAUAUUAAGAUUUUUACAUGAAAUAACAUUAAAUGAACGUGAUAAUAAAAUGAAUGCAAAAAAUUUAGCUAUUUGUGUUGGUCCUGGUAUAAUGCGUACAAUUAUUGAAGGUAAAACAAAUAUAAUGACAGAACAAUGUGCAACAAGUGUUAGUGAUAUUGUUGAAACAUUAAUAAUUAAUUCAACAAAACUUGGUUAUAUUACUGAAUCAAUAUAUGAACGAUCACAAAUGCUUUUAGAAAUGCGACAAAAAGAAGUUAUAUCAAAUUCAGAUGAAAGUUUUGCUAUUGAAAAUGGUAUUGAUAAUGGUAUUAGUAGUACAGGAAAAAUUAAUGAUCCAACCAAUGCAAAAAAAACGUCGUAG